UAUAAGUAGCAGCUAGACAGAUGGUCAUGUUUGUGAAGAAGGGCAUAGGCUGAAUUAACAACACAACAGUAACAUGGGAAAAGAGUUUGCAUUUGAUCUAAUAUAUGGACUUGGGAACGCGAACGAAAACGAGAUUAUCGAGCUCUCAUAUGCCACAUUUGCUGAAGAGUUGCAGCUCCAGGAGGUCCUCAAGGAGUCCAUGAUCGCUUCUGAAAUUACCAAAAAUGAACUAUCAUCAUCGUCAUCAUCCUCACCAUUACCAUCUUCAAUAUCGACACCUCAAGCAAUUUCAUCGCCAAGUUCCGAGCAAUCUCUGGAAGAGUUAGAGAUGGAAGAGUUAGAGAGAGCUUUUAACUUCAAGACUCUAAAAGAUCAGGAAGAUGCAGUUGCUGAAGCCUUCAAGAAAUCUGCGUGUCCUGUCUGCCAUAAAUUGUCCUGCACGGAAUGUACUAUCCCCCAGGAUUCAGGGCUUAAUUGCCUUGAGAAACAGUGGAUCGACUGGGAUGAGUUAAGAAGAGGGCAAGCCCAGAGUUCAGGUCUUAGUUGCAAUGAGCAACAGAGGAUCAACUGGGAUGAGAAAGGAAGAGAGCAUUCCAUGGCGUGGAGUCCUAGAUGGAGUGGACCAACGGGGCAUUACCAGCCCAAGUUCAAGGGAAGAAGGACGGGAGAUAUUCCACGAAACACUUCCAGCAAUGAAUCACAUGCAAAAACGAGUUUGAGGUUUGGGAACGUUCCUAUUGCUGGUAUUGAUAACAACAAAGAUCCCAAGGGAAAGGGCAAAGCAAUAGAUAAUGACUGGUUGCUGGUCUCCAAGAGGAAACCCAAAAGCAGAGCUGGAAGUGGUACUGCCAAACGAUGGGGUCCUCGGCAUCCCAAUCCUUUAAAGGGUUCAGAGAAUAACAACAGAAAUGUUGUUAAGGUAAAUGAAGUUCAGAAUGUUGUUCAUGAAGAUGAUUAUGAUACCUUGGAUGAUGAAGAUGACUUUGAUUCCGAUACAAGUCAAAAGAGCCAUGAGAGUCGCAAGAAGAGUAAAACGUUUAAGGAAUUUUUUGAGAGAAUAGACGCGUUGAAUAUUGAGGAGAUUGACGAAACCUUGUGGCACUGUCCAGCAUGCCAAGGUGGCCCUGGUGCCAUCAAAUGGUACAGAAGCAUCCAGGACCUAAUAGCACAUGCCAAAAACAUUGGAGCAAGAAGGGUGAAGCGACACCGGGAGCUUGCAGAGCUUCUAGAGGAGGAGCUGCGCAGGAAGGGAACUUCAAUUGCUCCUGCUGGCCAAACAGUAUUUGGUAACUGGAAAGGUUUAAAAGAGGAUGCCAGAGAUCAUGAAAUAGUUUGGCCUCCCAUUGUUGUCAUUGUGAACACAAUGACAAACAUUUAUAAGGAUGGAAAGUGUGUUGGCAUGGGAAGUCUAGAGCUUCUUGAGCACUUCAGCUCGUAUCCUGCUUUGAAGGCUCAACACUCCUAUGGUCCUGAAGGUCACUGUGGUUUGAGUGUCCUGAUUUUUGAGAGCUCAGCAGUAGGUUAUUUAGAGGCUGAGCGUCUGCAUAAGAAUUUUGUCGAGCAAGGAUUGGAUAGAUUUGCCUGGAAUUUCUGUUCAGACGUGAUCCUGCCGGGAGGGGGGCGCCAACUUUAUGGUUUCAUGGCAGUGAAGGAAGACCUGGAUGUCUUUAACCAGCAUUGCCAAGGUAAAUCAAAGGUCAAAUAUGAGCUGAAAUCAUAUCAAAUGGCGGUUCUGAAUGAAAUCAAGAAAAUGAGCGAGGACAGCCAACAGCUUAUCUGGUUGAAGGACAGGCUUGCACAAGAAAGAAAACUUGCAAAAACUUUUGAACAAUCAGUUCGAAAUCUGAGUAGGAACCUGCAACAGAAAACAAAGGACAUCCAUAUAUUUAAACAGAGAGUCCAAUCACUGCAUGAACAAAACAAGGAAGAGAUGGACUACCAAGAGAACUUUUACAAGGACCAAAUCAAAAUUCUUGAAGCAAGGAUGAAAGAGCUUGAAAAGUUGCAGGAAUCAGAUGCAAAUCCUUUGCACAGAGAGGAACCUGAACCUGCCUUGGCCUGCCCGAUGGAGGAGUACACUCCAUAUCAGCACAACAGCAACCACGAUAUUGACGAGGUUGAAGAGUGAAAAGCUCCCGCGCAAAAGCUAAUGAAAAUUGGUAUGUGGGAAUAAACAAGCAGCUUCAGUACUUUAGAGCGACUAAUUAAUGUAGUAUCCUAAAUCCCUGAUGAUGCCUUGUAUAUUUUCAGGGAUAGAUGGUUUAUAGAUUUUAUGUGAUUGCUGAUUAGAAGUUUCAGGGGUAGAUGGUAUCCCUUGUUUCAAAGAACCAAAUCUUCUUUCAUAAAUUUCUUCAUGAUAGUAAUUGAAUGGAUAUCAUUUGUUUAUUGACUUGGCCGCCUAUCAAAAGUAUAGAAAAUCAAAUACUGAAGUUCUUU